GCUUAUUUGCGCUCGAGCAGCGAACGUGGUAGCACAGCUUUUUGAACACUACAGCACUACAGUACAAACUGCGAGAGAAAGAAAAGCGGCAGUUUCGAAAAUCCAAAGAAAGGAAAUCGAGUUCGGAGCGGUUAGUUUAAUUGGCGAUAAUAAUAAUAAUAAUAAUAAAAUCGAGUUAUUGCACGUUGCGCUUUCCCAUUUCGAAUGGAAAUCUGAAAAUAUUGUAGCCCAGUGAAAUUCAAUUGACAACAAACGCCGCUUUCCGCCCAUAUUCGACUCCGUGUGGUCAAGUGGCAGACAAUUGUGCAACCUCAAGACUCUUAACCUUAACAAUUAUAUUUCGGCCACAAAAAACUAUUGGCACAAUUCAGUUCGAUUCGAGUGCGCGCUAACUCACUUUUACCCGCAGCAAAAAGCAAUAAGGCAAAAAGCACGCUUUGAAAACGAAAGCAAAGCACAAGUUCGCAUCGAAACCCCCCACGCUUGCCAAAAAUCUCAAGUGGCAGCCCCCAGAAGACAGUAGACCGCAGCCAGAAGACCGAAGACAGAAGACAGCAAAAUGGUCGAGAAAACAGAAAUGUCGAAAUUCGUUGGCGUUGCCGACAUAACCGAGAACAAGAAAAUCUGGCGCAUGCUGCUCGGCGAACUGGUGGGCACAUUUUUCUUGAUCUUCGUCGGCGUUGGCAGCACGACGAGCGGAAGUGUACCACAAAUCGCAUUCACCUUUGGCUUGACGGUGGCCACCAUCGCCCAGGGCUUGGGCCACCUCAGUGGCUGCCACAUUAAUCCGGCGGUCACCCUUGGAUUCCUGAUCGUUGGAGAGAUCAGCAUUCUGAAGGCUGCCUUCUACAUCAUCGUCCAAUGCGUGGGCGCCAUUGCUGGAGCGGCUGUGAUCAAGGUGGCACUCGAUGGAGUGGCUGGUGGCGAACUGGGCGUGUCCUCCUUUGAUCCCACCCUGAACUGUGGACAGGCGGUGCUCAUCGAGGCGCUGAUCACCUUUAUUUUGGUUUUCGUGGUCAAGGCUGUUUCGGAUCCUGGACGCCAGGAUAUCAAGGGAUCAGCGCCACUGGCUGUUGGCUUGGCCAUCGCCGCUGGCCAUUUGUGUGCAAUCAAACUGAGCGGUGCCAGCAUGAAUCCCGCCCGGUCCUUUGGUCCCGCCGUAGUGCAGGGCGUCUGGACCUAUCACUGGGUUUACUGGGUGGGUCCCAUUGCCGGCGGCCUGCUGGCCGGAAUCAUCUACAGGUUAAUCUUCAAGGUACGCAAGGGCGAUGAUGAGACCGACUCGUACGACUUCUAGACAGUGGCCGAAUACCAUAUAUGUAUUUUUGUAAAUGUCCGCACCUGCUUUCCAUUCCCAUCACACAUUCGCUUUCCAUUAAAUCAGGUUCACAUCGAAUUCGUUUGCCGAAAUUUCUCGUAGUUUAGGUUUGCUCCACCAUCACAACCAAGCUGAAUUUUCAACGCAAUUGUACCAUUUUAUUUUUUAAACAAUAAGAAAGCAAAUGUAUCGUUUAGUUGUACCGCGAAGCCAGCACUUUAAAAUAUGCAAUAUUGUAUUUGAGUAAUUUUAAGCUAAAUUAUAUGCACAUCAUCAUUACGCGAAUCGAAGGAAAACUGUAUUGAAGCUUAACUAAAUUGUACUGGGAAAUCAUUUUCCAAAUCGGCGAACAGGUGGAUUACCUACGCUGUUGAUCGCCACUUGCUGAGCACCUGCGAAUUGUAUUAUGACUAUGUGUAAUAAAAAAAUAUAAAGAAAA